AUGAAAUAUGAUGAAAUAAAAAAAUGCUUCACUUCCGAACAUCAUUAUAAACAGACAAAACAAAUCAAAGAAUAUAUAAUGGAAAACAACAUGUAUGGUGAUUUCGAUUAUGAAAGUGAUAUAACUCAAGGAGCAAUUCAAGCAGUAGGAAACAUUUUGGAAGAUGCCAAUUCAUAGCCAAUCGAGAAAGUAUUAUCUACAAGAGUAAGAUAUCAUCCUGUAUUCAGUUAGUGAAGGAAAUAAUGGAUUGUCAUAUUGCUUUGGUUAUCGAAAAAGUGUAAAUAAAAAUCAUGCCAAUUUAUGAACAAAUUCUUACAUAAUUUUGUGAGAAAGGACAAAAGGCAAAGUAAUACUUCUCCAAUAAACCUGGUAGAUGUUAUUUAUAUAUAUUCAAGAUGAACAGCUAAUGGUUCUUGGCAACACAUUCAUAAGACUGAUUAGUGAAUGCGUAUUUGUGUGGAAUAUUUGGCAUCCGAGCAUAGAUGGAUAACCAUCAGUGUAUUCGAGAGUGUAAUAAAAAUAAUUAUUGAAAUUAGAUACAAUAAUUUAGUUUCAAAGGGAAUUCAAUUUCCUAAACUAUUUUAUUUCAAUUCUCAAAAAGUCAAGGAAUUCUACAUACAAUCUAAAGAAUAAGUCAACAGUUCUCCAUUUGUAUACUCAAACAACAUACAACCAGAUUUCUUCUACAUUAAAAAAAGACUAGACGGAAACCAAUUCCAAAAAAGCGAUCUCAUUAUCAUAAGGAAUGAAUUACUCUGUAAACCAUUAAUAAAUAAUGACUCGUAGCCCUAAAAAGCAGUGAACUCAAUUCUAGUUAAGCAAAGUUUAUCAGAAAUUUUGAAAUGGCUUUUAAAGAUUUUGAAAAGACUCAGAGAUUUGAUGAAUUAUAGAUUAUAAUCUAAUCCAUGUAAUAUAUAUUCAGCUAAAUUCUAAGUUGCUUGGAAUUUGAUGAUGAAGUGUUUGACAAAUAGGCAGCCAUUGAUGCAUUUCAAAAGAGGUAUCAAUCGAAUCAGAGCAAUUUCACUCCUUCCAAACUACAAGGAGGAGGAGGUGGGUAUUCAACUGAUAAGAUUAGUCAAUUUCUAUCAAAUGGAAGUAUGAGUGUAAGAUACAUCAUUUUAUGAUCUUAGUCACAAAAUUCAUCACCCAAUGAAUAGAAAUAAUAACUGCAAAUAUUGAAUGAAAAGAAUAGAAGGAUCGAACAAUUAUUAUUAGAAAACUCUCUUUUGUAGAAACAAAUAAGAAAUUUUGAAGAUCAGAUUCACACUCUAAAACAAAAUCUAUCCUAAAAUAUUGAAUGA